AUGCAUCAGUGCAAUUGCACGACUAAAUCCGAAGCCAGCAGAAGGUCUGGUCACCUUUACAAUGCAAAAAGGGCGUCACAUAUUAACAGGGGGCCUAUAGGAGCAGCGGCUUCUGCAGGAAAUCAGGUUGAGACCCUUGAUGCAGAGACCCUUCCAAGCAUCAUAGAUGUCUAUUUAUCUGCAGUUCUUGACGAAGUCGAGGAAGUCGAAGUAUGUAAGUAUAGAUACUCGACAGCUAAGCGAUGCCUGGUUGCUUUCCUUGGACAUGGUGUAAGCGAACCGGUUCGGCUUCUUAAAUAUGAGCGACCUGCUAUAUCAGUAUUGAUAGCUCCAGAAAAUAACACCGGCCGUCGCUUCACGCCUGGUCGAGAUUAUAAAUGA